AUGGCGCCUUCAGCGACCACCUGGAUCUCGCCCCAGGAGGGUAGAAAUGGUGCAGUUGCGGAGACGAUAUCAGAGCAGAACUUCGAAGCUGCUCUGGGAGAGAACGGGGAUGCGCCGGAAGUAAAGGCCUUCAAAGAUAUUUAUUCACAAGCUUUCAAAGAUGGAUACAUCUCGGGGUAUAGUCAGCCUCAAGCUGCGAAGCAGAUACCGAUAGCAAUCGUUGGAAUGUCAUGCCGUCUACCGGGAAACGUCAGCACUCCAGAUGAGUUCUGGGAGCUCUGUUCGAGGGCUCGAAGUGGCUGGUCAGAAAUACCGAAGGAGAGAUUUGAUACCUCAAGCUUUUAUCACCCCAACCCCGGGAAGGCGGGUUGUUUUAAUGCGACCGGUGGAAAUUUUCUCAAGGAAGAUGUAGGGCUUUUCGACGCACCGUUCUUCAGUCUUACUGCCCAAGAAGCUACUUCCAUGGAUCCUCAACAACGAAUCUUACUGGAAUGUACUUUUGAAGCUUUGGAGAGUGCUGGGAUACCUAAGCAUGAAAUUGUUGGGAAGGAUGUGGGAGUUUUCGUCGGUGGCUCGUUUUCUGAUUUGUUUUCUGAUGAGGGGAGAUCGUUUUCUUUCGAUAGCCGAGGUACUGGUUAUGGACGCGGUGAAGGUUGUGGUUUGAUCGUCUUGAAACCUCUAGAACAAGCUCUAAAGGAUAAUGAUAACAUCAGAGCCGUAAUAAGAGGCAGUGGCAUCAACCAAGAUGGUAAGACACCAGGAAUAACUAUGCCUAAUGGUUCGGCACAAGAAUCGCUCAUGAAACGGGUUUAUGAAAGCGCUGGCAUUGAUCCAAAAGACACCGGCUACGUGGAAGCUCAUGGAACCGGUACUAAGGUCGGAGAUCCUAUAGAAGCUACCGCUCUGUAUAAUGUAUUUGGGGAAGGCAGAAACGCCAGAAACCCCUUAUUUGUUGGAUCCGUGAAAUCAAAUAUAGGACAUCUUGAAGCUGCUUCUGGUAUUAUAUCCGUAAUCAAGACAGCUAUGAUGCUUGAGAGAGGCUUUAUUCUGCCUAAUCACGAUUUUAAGACGCCUAAUGAGAACAUACCUUUCUCGAAAUGGCAUCUAAAGGUUCCAAUCAGUCAGCGCCCAUGGCCAAGACCAAAGAAGUUUGCCAGUGUAAACAACUUUGGAUUCGGAGGCACAAAUGCACAUGUUGUUUUAGAGCGGGCGCCUUUCAUAACUCAGGUUGAACCGGAAUCUAGCGAGAAAGCGCUACAAAAUAGAAGAUUGAUCACAUUAUCCGCAAACGAUAAAGGUGCGCUAGAGGCACUUAUGAAAAACAUCGGCAUCUACCUGGAACGAAGACCGGAAUUCUUUCAAAAUGGACUAAUGAGCAAUGUGGCUUACACGCUGGGACAGCGGAGAUCUCUACUUCAAUGGAGAGUUGCAAUUCCAGCCACAUCAUCCUUUGAGCUUAUUCAAGCACUAAACUCUGGAAAAGUCUUACCAAUGAGAGAGAUCGAACCAUUACGGAUUGGCUUCAUAUUUACUGGACAAGGCGCUCAAUGGAACGCAAUGGGUCGUGAGCUUUAUGAGCAUUAUCCGGUCUUCGCUGCGUCUCUCGAUGCUUGCAACAAAUGCCUAUUUUCAUUCGGGGCACCUUUUUCUCUAAUCACCGAGCUCACUAAAGAUGCCACAUCCUCGCUUGUCAAUGAAGCUCAUAUUAGUCAACCUGCAUGCACAGCAAUACAGCUAGCUUUGACUGAUUUAUUGCGAAGUUGGAAUAUAACUCCAACAGCCGUUGUCGGUCAUUCCAGUGGUGAGAUUGGAGCCGCUUAUGCGGCUGGCAUUCUGCCUCUUGAAUCCUGCAUGGCAAUUGCAUACUAUAGAGGUCUAGCGACUGUCGGAUUAAGGGAGAAGUAUCCCGAUCUGCGAGGGUCAAUGAUGGCUGUUGGGUGCAGUAAGGAAGAGAUCGAACCACUUAUCGAUCAGCUCAAAUCAAAAACAGUUCGCAUAGCUUGUUUCAACAGUCCUUCCAGCUUAACUAUAUCAGGAGAUGAGCCAGCUAUCGACGAACUCCAAGUAUUAAUGGAACAAAAGCAAAUGUUUAAUAGGAAGCUCCAGGUUGAUGUGGCGUAUCACUCUCAUCAUAUGAGCUUGGUUUCAAAGGACUACCGAAGAUGUCUUCAAUCUCUUGCUCUUCCCAAAACUACAGAUGUCAAGUUUCAUUCCUCAUUACUUGGCCAUCUGGUAGAAGGACCAAGUCUCGAGGCCCAGUACUGGGUCGACAAUUUAACACAAGCGGUUCGAUUUUCUGAAGCUGUAGUGGACAUGUGUGCACCAACUGAUGAAAAUAAAACGGGCGUUAAUAUGCUCAUCGAGCUAGGACCCCAUUCAGCCCUUGCUGGCCCAAUCAAGCAGAUCCUAAAGACUUGCGGGAAGGAUGCAAUGAAGAUUUCUUACGCGUCUGCGCUUGUGAGGAAUAGGGAUGCUGUGGAAACAGCAAUAGACUUAGCAUCCACAUUUUUUACGAAAGGCGCGAUCCUUGAGCUCGGCGCCAUUAACAUAACUCCCCCUCUCAAUCCUCCUUCAUUACUGAUCGACCUGCCUCGAUACCCUUGGAAUCAUGCAACAAAGUACUGGCAUGAACCGCGUCUAAUGCAAAAGCACAAAGGUCGAACAGCUCAACGUCAUGAUCUUCUAGGUACAUUGGCUAAUUACUCGAACGAUCUCGAGCCAACUUGGAGAAAUAUUCUUCGAAUUGACGACGUUCCAUGGCUACGGGAUCAUAAGAUUCAGUCUCUAACACUUUUUCCUAUGUCUGCUUUCAUCGGAAUCGCAAUAGAAGCGGCAUCGCAAAAGGCAGUAGCUGGUAACAUUCAGUACAGUAACUUUGAGCUGCGCAAUGUCUUGGUCAGCAAGCCACUUGUGCUUACCGAAGAUCCUGUCGAGAUCACUCUUCAGCUACGUCCUCGUGCGCAUGAUAAUUCUGCUUCUAAUAUUUGGGACGAAUUCAAAAUUCAUUCGUGGGCCGCGAAUAAAGGAUGGACCUUGCACUGCCAAGGCAUUAUUUCUACAAAACUAGACCAUCACAAUCUUGAAUCUGCAACAAAAUCGACCAUGGCAGAAAUUACAGAAGCAGCAACAAGUGCCAUCAACAAAUCUGUUUUAUACAACUCACUUUCGAACUUAGGUGUUUCAUACGGACCAAGUUUCCAAGGUAUGAAUGAAUGCCACGCUUGUGAAAAUGCCUCAAUGGCACAAGUCAUGGUUCCAGACACCAAGCAAGAAAUGCCAAAAGAACAUCAAGAAGAUAUGAUAAUCCAUCCAGCAUUCCUUGAACAAGUCAUUGAGAUGUACUGGCCAAUCAUUGACGCAGGUCAAAAUCCAAUGGAUACUAUCUAUCUGCCUUCAUCUAUUGGACAAAUAACCAUUUCGCGAGAAAUCACCAAACUCAUGAACAAUCCCGGUGCAUCCCUCCAGGCGUUCUGUGAGGGCACUUUCUCAUCUGGCCAUCCGAAGCCCGCCAGUGUCUCGAUGUUCGCAGUCAAUGAUCAUUCAUCAAAGGAUCCACUCAUUAUAAUACGCGAUUUAACGGUUUCACCAAUAGUAGAAACAAAUUUAAAUUCGGAGACUGAUGUGCAAAGAGAACUUUGUUAUAAAUUAGAUUGGGAGCCUAUACUUCAGGCUUCAAUCUCUGUCGAAGAAAAUGAUGCCUCAAAUGAGACGGCAAAAGUUCCCAAUGCACUAACUAAUGGCAUAAUGAAUGGAGUGGAAUGUAAUUAUGAUUCAACCGAACAAAUUGUGAUUGUCCGUGGCAACUCGGAGGAACAAAAAGAUGUUGCAUCCAAGCUAGCCGACCUUCUUGAGCACUCGACAGGAAGAAGACCCUACACCGGCAAUCUGUCUGAGAUAGAAACGACAGAAAAGCUCUGUAUAUUUAUUUCGGAGCUCGAUAAACCAUUCUUGUCAACCCUCACGUGUUGCGAAUUUCUUGCUUUACAAAAAGCACUAAUUGGUUCUCGCGGAAUACUAUGGGUCGUCACAGGAGCAUAUGUUAAUUCAUCUGAUCCUACGGCCAACAUGGUUACUGGCUUAAGCAGAAGUAUUCGCUCUGAGACAAUACUCAAGUUCGCAACCUUAGAUUUGGAUCCAGAAAGGCUUCUUAUUGAAAAUAUAACCAGCGCUAUAGUCACCGUCUUUAAAGUUGUUUUUGGUCCACAGGCUGACGCGAAUUGCGAACUGGAAUUUGUGGAGAGAAAGGGCGUAUUUCUUACGCCGCGUAUCAUCAAUGACACAGAAAUGAACGAAUACGUCCACAAACAAACAAAAGCUUCCGCUCUAGAUCUAACACCAUUUGGACAAGAAGAUCGGCUACUGAAGAUGGCUAUCACCGUUCCAGGUGCAUUCGAAACCCUCCAUUUCAUCGAUGCGUCGCCGGAACGAUUAAUAGGAGAUGAUGAAAUUGAGGUUGAGCUUAAAGCAAUUGGUAUGAAUUCAAUAGAUCUCGCUGCUGCCUUAGGUGACACAGAUCAUGAAGGCUUUGGCUGCGAAUGUAGUGGUAUUGUCACCAAGACAGGUAGUCAUAUUACCAAUUUUUCCCAAGGCGAUCGGAUUGCUGGUAUUUCGAUCACUCAAGGAGUCUAUUCCAGCCGGGUUUUCAUGAAUGCGUCUUCCGCUUUUAAGAUCAAUCACGGUAUAUCCUUUGAGGCCGGCGCAUCAAUGCCUGUGGCGUUUUGCUCUGCAUACUAUGGUUUAAACGAUAUCGGGCGACUGCUCCCGGAUGACACCAUCUUAAUUCAUGGAGGAUCCAGUGCAUUUGGACAAGCAGCCAUCAAUCUUGCUCAAACUAUGGGUGCCAAGCUGUUCGUAACUGUUGGUAGCAUCGAGAAGGGGGGUUUGCUAAAAGAAUUGUACGGCUUGUCCGAAAAGGAGAUAAUCGUAAGCCAUAAUACUUCGUUUGGACCGAACACUCUCCAGCAAUCAUACAAAAACAAUUUUGACGUUGUAUUGAAUUGUAUUUCAGCGGAUGCAGAUACGCUGCAGGAGAUUUCUGCGUGCUUAAGCAACUUUGGGCGCUUCAUCAAUCUUGGAAAACAAGAAAAUCAUGCAAGACUUGAAGGUGGAACCAAUAGGAGUUACUCUUCCGUCGACUUGAUAACUUUGGGUAUUGAAAGGCCAAGGAUAUUGAGCAACCUCCUUUCGCGGAUCUCAGGCUUCUUGAUUCAAGGCACCAUCAAGCCCAUUAGUUCAACAAUAUUCCAGAUAUCGGAUAUCGAGACAGCAUUCAAAACAUUGCAAUCUGGAAACUUCGAUGGAAAGCUGGUUAUUGCGCCGAAGCCAGAGGAUUUGGUCAAGGCGACUCCUGCAGAUAAAAGAAGCAAGAUACUUCGCCCUGAUGCCACGUACAUACUUAUUGGAGGAACUGGUGGUUUAGGUCGAAGUAUGGCUAGAUGGAUGGUCAGUAAGGGUGCUAAGUAUCUUGUUCUUGUAUCAAGAAGUGGUUCCGUAACUGGAAAAGUUAAGGAGUUGGUCGAUGAUCUUGCGGCUGCUGGUGCCAAUAUCAUAAUUCGACGUUGUGAUGCUGCUAAUAGUGAUGCGGUAAAUAAUCUCAUCACAAAUGAACUUACUGAUUUGCCUGAGGUGAGAGGUGUCAUUCAUGGAGCUAUGGUUCUUCGAGAUAUUUUGUUCGAGAAAAUGACAUAUGAGGAAUACAGUACAGUCAUUGAAUCCAAAGUUCAAGGUGCUUGGAAUUUCCACAAUGCCCUGAGAUCGCAACAAUUAGAUUUCUUUGUUGCCAUUUCUUCCGCAGCUGGUGCAGUUGGAAACAGAGGCCAAGCCGCAUAUUCUGCUGCAAAUACAUUUCUAAAUGCAUUUGUGCAGUAUCGCCUUACUCAAGGCUUGCCUGCUUCUUCCUUAGAUCUCACCGCCGUAUCCGACGCAGGCUAUCUUGCGGAAAACCUCGAUGCCGCAGCCGAAGUAAGCAAAAACCUCGGAAGCGACACCAUAUGCGAAGCAGAGGUAGUAGCACUCCUUGGCGCUGCCAUUACUGGUCGCUUAGCCCGUUCGUGUAAUAAUCACACCAUAACCGGAAUGCGAAUCACCAACCCACCACCGUUCUGGACUUCGGACGCCAAAUUUAAACAUUUACGACUGGCCCACGAAGCCCUGUCAGCCUCUCUAGCUGACUCUCCGUCAGCAAAUGUAUCCUUCAAUACCGGACUUAAGAGCGCUACUACCCUUGAAGAAGCGCAAGAAGUCGUUACGCGGGGAUUAUUACAUAUUUUACCUUCGGUGUUAAUGUUAGAAGCGGAGGAUAUGGAUAUUACACGGAGUUUGUCGAAUUAUGCGUUGGAUUCAUUGGUAGCGAUUGAGGUUAGGAAUUUUAUCGCGAGGGAAUUCGAGGCGAAUUUACAGGUUUUGGAAUUGUUAAGUAGUGGGAGUAUUGAGAUGUUGGCCAGGACUAUUUGUGGGAAGACAACCAUCUCAUUCUUUGUCCCUUGGCUGAACCCAAGUAAUGCUGUUGUAGCAUAUGAUCCAACCAACUUCAUGGAACAGUGCGGCUGGACAUAG